AUUCACCUUGUCUGGUGACCAGACCCUUUUGGGACAUCAGGGUAUAGGGCCCACAAUCUUCUAUAUAUUUCUCCCUCGUCUUCUUCUUCUCUUUCCUUCUCUUCCCCUCUUCGUUAUCUACAACCUCUCUCCCUCCCCAUAUCAAUAUACGUAACAACUACGGAAAGAUGCCCCUCGUCGAGACAUUGCCGCCACCGCCGCUGCUAUCGCGGGCCCACUUAGGUCCAACUGGAACGCUCAAAAGUAAGUUUUCUAUAUUAGAAGAUUUAGUGUAUCUAUGUGGCACUAUUAUAGAUGCUCUGGAAGAUGCCGGGGUUGAGGUCCCGGAGGGGGUUCUACCCCCCACCCGGGACCUCACCGAAGGGCAGAAGCUUCGAAAGAAAGAGCUCAGAGAAGAGAUAGCACGACUCAAGGAAAGAGAACGUGAACACAAUGAAGCUCUCCGUGUGAAGACCGAGCAAUGGGACACUGCCCGCAAAGGGCUAGUGGAUGCUGUAGAACGCCAUGACUCUGAACGCGCCGAGUCGUUUGCGCCCGACUACCAGUUGUCCAAAGAGUUGGACGAGCAGAUCAAGUCCGCUGUCGCGGAAAUCAAAGGUCUCGUGUAAAAGACUGAUACCGCCCUUUACAUGAUGGCUGGUUUUAUGGGACUGAAUUCGUGAAUCGAAUUGUCCAGCAGAGUUAGUGCUCAAUAUGCCACGGGCACCUUCCCAUUUGGGAGGGAGGUCUCGAGCACAACAUCUUCUUCACCCGUUUUACUGCAUGUAUUUAGAUCAUCUUCGUUAUCCGACACUUACAAACAACAAGACGCUUCUGCACGUUUCCAGGCAGCUGUCAGCUGAUCC